GUCGAAUGAGAUAGAAUUAAUUACGAUUAUCACCAUUGACAACGCUUGGAGAAUGCGGAGACGCAUGUCCCAAUACCGAAAGUGAACUUUACACGCUUUUGUUUUGUAAACAUCUUUCAUUUACAUUGCUAAAACAGGCUGUCAUGGUAUGAUGUCUCCUGAACGGGAAUAGUGAUGUCUCUCCGAUCUCAUGUGUUGAGCACUUAUCGAAAAGUGCUUCGUGAAGCCACGCGAUGGCAGGCAGCAUCGGGUAGUACUACUGAUACCUGGAAGGAAAGAGAGUACAUCAAGGAUGAGGCAAGGAGGCUGUUUAAACGAAACAAGGAGUUGACAGAUGAAGAUGAAAUCAAACAGCAUGUGAAAGAAGCAAACUCAAGACUUGAAAUGGCAAUUCAUUAUAAAAAUCCAUAUCCAAGACCGUUGAAUUACCCGCAAACAUUGCUACCUCCAAGUGAAAGACGGAAACCAAUAUCACUAGAAAAGACAAUGAAACAAGCCAAGCCUGUUUAUAUGAAAUCAUACGAUGAUUGAACGUGCAUGGUGAGGAAUAGAACACACUCUUGGGAUUGCCUUACCGAGCAAAUGGGAACACAUGAAAUGAGACACUGAAUGAAACCUCAAGUCUUUCCUCGUAAUUUGAUACUCCCUUCAUAAUAGCGAUGCACCAACA